CCCCCCCCCCCCCCCCCCGGCGUUGUUCCUCCCCCACCUCCACCUCCUUUACUUAAUGGAACAACUGGUGGACCCCCUCCUCCUCCUCCUCCACCCGCAAUAGGAGGACCGGGGUUUCCACCUCCACCGCCUCCUGUAAGAGGUGCAUCCCCUCUUCCCAACCAAAAUGAACAGAUAAUGCUACCUCAACAAGACACCCCUAAGCCUAAGAACAAAAUGAAAACUCUGAACUGGAACAAGAUCCCCAGUAACAAAGUUGUCGGUAAGAAGAACCUGUGGACUUUAGUGGCCAAGACACACGACAGUAGUUUAAAUAAUCUGGACUUUGACGUAAUGGAAGGACUGUUCUGUCAGCAAAGCAGCGCCGCAACUAACGUGAACGGCCAAGCCUCUCCAAGACUGGGUGCCCGAGAUGUCACGGAUAGCUUGGAAAAAAGAAAGAAGGAACCCCAAGAGAUAAACCUGCUGGAUGGUAAAAGAAGUCUAAACGUCAACAUCUUUUUGAAACAGUUCCGUAG